AUGUCGAUCCUAUCGCGAGCUGCAUUUAGUCAUUUGUCAUCGCUAAAAGUCGGCAGUGGAACUAGCCAUGUGUUUCGUUUUACGCGCUCUCUACAAUCUACUGCAACCGACUCAACACCUGACACGAUGGAUCUAGACAGCGAGAAUCAACAAGAAGAUCAUGGAACCGGUUUUUACACUAUGGUGGAGAAAUUCUACGAUCGUGCUGCUAAGAUUCUCGAAGAUAAAUUAGUCGAAGAUAUGAAAAAAACUAAACUCACCGAUGAACAAAAACAAACCAAAGUUCGUGGAAUUUUAACGAUGAUGAAACCACCGAAUUACGUUUUGUCCAUCACCUUUCCCGUUCGACGUGACAAUGGCGAAUGGGAAUUAAUCGAAGCAUGGCGUGCUCAACAUUCGUUACAUCGUACACCAUGUAAAGGUGGUAUUCGUUUUUCAACCGAUGUCAACUUAGAUGAAGUAAAAGCUCUAGCCGCAUUGAUGACCUUCAAAUGCGCUUGUGUCAACGUGCCAUUCGGCGGCGCUAAGGCCGGUGUGAAAAUCAACCCAAAAGAUUGGUCCGAAGGUGAAUUAGAACGUAUCACUCGUCGAUUAACAGUCGAAUUGGCGAAGAAAGGUUUCAUUGGACCCGGUAUCGAUGUUCCAGCUCCAGAUAUGGGCACAGGUGAACGUGAGAUGGCUUGGAUUGCUGACACCUACGCAUCAACAGUUGGCUGGGAAAACAUCAAUGCCAUGGCAUGCAUCACGGGUAAACCCAUUUUACAAGGUGGUAUUCAUGGUCGAACAUCAGCCACUGGUCGUGGUCUCUACCAUGGUGUGAAUAAUUUUAUUAACGAGAAGUUCUACAUGGAUAAAAUUGGUUUGACAACUGGUUUAGUCGGCAAAACAUUUAUUGUUCAAGGCUUCGGUAAUGUCGGUCUUCAUUCAGCCCGUUAUUUGACACGACAUGGUGCCAAAUGUGUUGGUGUACUCGAAUGGGAUGCAGCUAUCAUCAAUCGAGAUGGUAUCGAUCCCAAAGCACUCGAAGAGUAUAAACUCGAACAUGGAACAAUCAAAGGUUUUCCUGGUGCUCAACCUUACGACAAUGCGGAUAAAAAAGAAUUACUCUGCGAAGCGUGUGACAUUCUUGUGCCCGCCGCUAGUGAACAACAAAUCACAUCUAAAAAUGCACGUCGUAUCAAAGCUAAAAUCAUCGCCGAGGGUGCCAAUGGUCCGACAACUCCAGCCGCUGAUAAGAUUCUUCUAUCGAAGAAUGUUUUAGUUAUUCCAGAUAUGUAUAUUAACGCCGGUGGUGUUACCGUUUCAUACUUUGAAUGGCUAAAAAAUCUCAAUCAUACAUCGUAUGGUCGAUUAACUUUUAAAUAUCAACGUGAUACGAACUACUCACUUCUUGAAAGUGUACAAGGUUCAUUAGAAGCUAAGUUUGGAAAAAUGGGAGGCAAAAUCCCUAUUAUUCCAAGUGACAACUUUUACAAACGCAUGGCCGGUGCUUCUGAAGCUGAUAUUGUCCAUUCAGGUCUCGAGCAAACCAUGGAACGUUCAGCGCGAGCAAUUAUGCAAACAGCACAACGCUUCAAUUUAGGUUUAGAUUUACGUACUGCUGCCUACGCCACUUCGUUAGAGAAAAUCUACAAUGUCUAUUCAGCUGCUGGAAUGACAUUCGGCGGUUAA